AUGGGUUCAUCAGAAGAAGCAAAAGAUAUCUUGGCGCCAACAUUACGCCAGUUUCAUGAGCUUGCGAUAGCCAAAGAAUUUGAAAAGGUUGCUGCCUUCUACGAUCCAGACGCUGUUCUUGUCCAUGCUGGAAAGGACGCAGUCUAUGGAAGAGAAGCUAAAAUCAAGACACCUUUCAUGUUGAAAUUCCGAGCAAGUAUUAUUUCAGCUAUAUUGAAGGAUUUACAAGAUUUUCUUUCACGAGCGGGUAAACUGACGCCAAAGACUUACGAACCACAUUAUGGGAUGUGUGGAGACUUCAUCAUUAUGAUAUCUGACUAUGAGACAGAAACGGAGAAUAUGGGAGUGCUGAAAGCAAAACUUACCCAAAUUUGGCGUAAAAAUGGUGAUAAGUAUUUGUUAUUACAUUUCGAGGAUGUACGGAAAUAA